AUUGCGGUCGUCCAUCAAGAGCGGAACGCGCCGGCUCGCUCGCUCUGUAGAAAGAGAAGCCUCACUUCUCUCUUCUUUCACCUGAAUUUUGCCAAUAACUUUGUUUCACUCUUUCAGUCAGUCAGUCAAUUUCCGACUUUUGAACGUUGCGGUCGUGAGUAAAGCUCGUGGUGGAAAAUUCAAAGAAUCUUAUAUUUUCUCACAAUAAGAAUAACGUAAAUAUCGCCAUGGCUGAAACGGAAAUAAUAUCUAAUAGUGAAAAUAACGACAUAUUUUUCGAGGGUGUUGAGAAGCUGAUUGAAAUUUGGUUUACACCGGAAAAAAAUGCGGACCUCAGAAAAAUUACUCGCAAACAAUGGGAGAAUGUAUUGAAGAUAGUCCGCUGUGAAAUCAUCUCUUUCACACAGAGCGAGCAAGUUGAUGCGUAUGUACUUAGCGAGAGCAGCAUGUUCGUGUCCCGACGCCGCUGGAUCCUGAAGACGUGCGGCACCACGACGCCGCUGCGCUGCGUGCGCGCAGUGCUCGCGCUGGCGCGCGAGGUGGCGGGCCACGCGCGCGUGCACAACGUGUUCUACUCACGCCGGGAGUUCGCGCGACCGCACGCGCAGCUGCAGCCGCACGACAACUUUGAUUCCGAGGUGGAGUUGCUGGACUCUUUCUUCGGAGACGGGCGCGCGUACAUAAUGGGCCCGGAGAAGGAUUGCUGGUAUCUCUACACGCUGUUGCCGCUCGAAGGUACGGUGGACGCUCUAGAGAAGGAGCAGCACGAGGUGCACGUGUGCUCGGUGUCGGAGCCCGACCAGACCAUCGAGAUCCUCAUGUCCGACCUCGACCCCGAGGUCAUGGACAUCUUCACGCGCGCCAACUCCGACACCGCCGCUGAAGCUACCCGGGAGUCGGGCAUAGAUAAAAUAAUCCCAGGGAUGGUCAUAGACGAUUUCCUGUUCGACCCAUGCGGCUAUUCCAUGAACGGGGUCGCUAAAGAUGGCUGCUACAUGACGAUCCACAUCACCCCGGAGCGCUCGUGCUCGUACGUGUCGUUCGAGUCGAACGUGCCGGUCGCCAGCUACGAUGACGUCAUCGCGCGCGUGCUGCGCGCCUUCCGCCCCGGGAAGUUCGUGCUCACCGUCUUCGCUACACCGGACUCCCCGGGGGCGGAGGCUCCGCGGCAGCUGAAGCAGUUCUCGUCGCUGUGCGGCUUCGACCAGAAGGAUGCACAGUACUGCCGCUUCUCUGGCUACGAGCUGCACUACGCGCUCUACGCCAAAUUCCCUAGCUGAGGGCGCGCAAGCCUUCGAACGUGGGCGCCGUCCCGCCGCGGCGCGCGCGGGCGGCGCGAGCUGUCGGAGCUGUGCCCCGGGCCGCUGCUGCGGCGGCUGCUGCGCCUGCUGCGCGCGCUGUGCGCCGCGCCCGCGCCGCCCGCGCCCCCCGCGCCCCCCGCGCCGCGGUGAGCGCGCCGCCGCCUCCGCCGGGCCGGACCGGCCCGCGACGGCUCGCCGAUCACCCUCCGAUACAAAUUUUAAUCUCGUCGACGACGAUCUCGCAGUAGACUCUAUCUUUCCCUUCCCGGUCUAAAUUCGAGAUAGAUCCCUCGUAGUCGAAGCUUCCGGUUAUGUUCGAGCUUCUGUCGCAGAUUAGAUUCGAUGCGGGACGAUAUAUUCUCUCUACGAUCGUCCCCGAUCUCCGGAUGCAAUGUACAAACUAUUGGUAACUGUAAAUAUUGAACAUAGAGCAGGGUGCCGUUAUAUGUGAUGUAACGAUUCAUUCCAUAACGUGAUCCUUAAGUGAUAUUAUAGUUAAACCGUAGGUGAUAGACGUGUGUCGUCUAAAAUAUGAAGCCGUUCGCAGCUGUUUGGAGAUUACGAGGUUAACAUCACUUGUAGCUAAUGUUAUUAUCUAUUUUUAAAUGUAACGAAACAUGUAGCGAAUAUACUUAGUGUGGUACCGGAUAGAGCAUAGGACUCUUGAUCUCCAUGUAGCGGCCGAGGCUCGUAGCUAGAGUAUAUGUGUAACUGAUGUUUGUUGACAUCUAGUCAGCGGGCGGGCGGCGCUCGCCGGGCGCCCACGUUUACAAUCUAAAUAAAAGAUUUCGUCUCUACAUUUA